GAUGAUUUUUGGUCAGAGGGCAGUUUUAGAAUGGAAACUUUUCCUCUCUGCUUUCACUGGCACAUCCCAAGGAAGCAAAAUAGUUAUAACUACUCAAAAUGAUAUUGUCGCUUCUAUCACGCAGGCAGCUCAAACCUACCAACUGAAGCUGAUGACUGACACAGAAUGUUGGGAGCUAAUCCGUAGUUAUGUUUUGGAGAAUAAGUCAGUAUGCUCUAUAGACCAAGAGCAAGAAAGAGUUGGCAAAAAGAUCGCAGAACAAUGUAAGGGCUUGCCAUUAGCAGCAACAUAUAUUGCAUCUCAUCUCCAAUUCAAGCCAGAUCUCAGUGAAUGGGAAGUUGUAUCAAGCAAUUUCUUACACUACACUACCAGUGUCCUUGAAGUUCUAAGGCGGAGCUAUGAUUCUCUCCCUUGUCACCUUAAGCGAUGUUUUGCAUUCUGCUCCUUAUUCCCAAAGGGUUACGAGGUUGAUAGGAAGAACUUGGUGCUUCUAUGGAUGGCAGUUGACCUCUUAUACCAACCCGGGAUCGAGAGCAACCAAAGAUUGGAAGACAUUGGUAACAAAUACCUCGAUGAUUUAGUUGCUAGAUCUUUUCUCCAGUCAGUGGACUCUAAGAAAAGGUUUACAAUGCACGAUCUCAUGAAUGAUUUAGCUAAAACUGUUGCAGUAGAUUUUUGCUACAGACUGGAAGAUGAGAGUUCAGUGCAGAUACCAAAGAGGGUCCGACAUAUAUCCUUUUGUGGGAAGCAAUGGGAUUCUUCUGUAGCUUCCACUCUCACCCGUGGAGCUAAGUAUCUGAGAACCUUUCUUCCACUAGUUGUCUCACCUUUUGGGUGUUCUAAACUAGUAGAGAAAGCUCUGGACCCGUUGCCAGAAUUCUCAGAACAUACAUUGAGGUGUCUACGUAUUCUUAGCCUGUCUCAUUACCAUAUAACCAGAUUGCCUGAAUCAUUCGAAGGACUAAUGACGCUGCGAUAUCUAUAUCUGUCCAACACCGAAGUGAUAGAAAUUCCAGCAUUUGUGAUGGGACUCCAUAAUCUACAGACGCUUUUCUUGUCAAAUUGCCGUCAACUAAGAACACUGACAGAAAGCAUAGUAGAUCUCAUCAACUUGCGUUAUCUCGUCAUCUUACGGACUCCAUUAGUACAGAUGCCAAUGGGAAUUAGUAAACUUACAAGCCUGCAGAACCUGUCAAAUUUCGUUGUAGGAAAUCUGAAUGGGGCCUCGCUGGAAGAACUGAGAGAACUUUCUCAUCUUCAAGGGACACUUCACAUCUCGGAGCUGCAAAAUGUGGUUACCCUAGAAGAAGUAAGUGCCGCUUGUUUGAGGGAAAAGCCACUCCUCAAAAAGUUGGUCCUCACAUGGAAUAUGGAAAUUUCUGGUCGCAAUACAAUAGCUUGUGAGCAAAGUGGGUUGCUCCAAAUGCUGCAACCUCAUCAUAACUUGAAAAAGGUUAGCAUAAACUCGUACGGGGGUGCAAUAUUUCCUAAGUGGUUGGGUCAUACUUCAUUUACCAGCAUGACCUCUGUCUCUUUGACAAGUUGCAGCCUCUGUAUAUUGCUGCCGUCACUGGGACAGCUACCAAAACUCAAGUACCUUAGCAUUGAGAAAUUCAAAAUACUGCAGAAGGUUGGUCUAGAGUUUUUCUACGGUGAGAACGGCAAUGUAUCGACCCUAGAACCGUUUCCAUGCCUUGAGGAUCUAAGUUUCUACGACAUGCCAAGAUGGGAAGAAUGGCGUUUUCCUGAACUAGAAGGUCGGAUCUUUCCACGCCUUGACAAACUGACCAUUAAAAGUUGCCCCAGACUGACAAAAAAGUUCUUGAAGGGGCUUCCUGAUUCCACUAAAGUUGACUACGGCAAAAUUUCAGAACCAUAUUUGCCUAGAAACAAAGAGCUGCAUAAAGAAAACAAGGAGCUAUGUAGGCCAGAACCUGAAAGCUCAUCACGGAACAAUGAAGAUAUUUUUGGAACCUCGUCUAGUGAUGCUGCUGCUAGCACUCAUGGGAAAAGGAUGCCUCAGACAGACGAAGAUGAAACUGGUUUUGAGAGUAUUAAAGUGACAAAAGUUCCGCAGCUCAAAAAAGUUUAUGCAAGUAUAAAAAGACUACAUAUUGAAGGAUGCCUCAGAGAAAAGUAUCUACCAGAGAGCUUGCUGCAAGAUUGUCCCAAUCUCCAAGAACUUUUAGUCGUUAGUUGCCAUUCCCUGGAGGCCUUGCCUGGAGAAUACCCUUCCACCACUUUAAAAACCCUGUACAUAAGAGAUUGCAUGAAGCUGGAAUUUUUAGAAACUGUGCAAACAAAUCUCAUAUUCCCACAGCUCGAGGAUCUCUUCAUAGACAGUAGUUGCAGCAAUCUCCAGGAAUUCCGGUUUGCCAGUUUCCAGAAUCUCCGAAGCCUUUCAUUAAGACACUGUGAGAAACUGAGUGGUUUCACCGUGGCUCAUAAUGAUGGUCGUUUAGCUCUCGAGUCCUUAGAGAUUAUGGAUUGCCCGAUGCUGAAACUUUUCCCUAGCGGAGUGGGAACCUUGAAACUCACGUCAUUGUUAAUCUCGAUUUGUGGGAAUCUCAAAAAACUGCCUCCAGAUUUGAAAGAGUUCACUUCUCUUCUGUCGAUCCAUAUAAACAAGUGUCCUGAAGUUGAGCACGUUGCUUUCUAUGCUUCGGGAACUUACUACGGUUUCCCUGAAAGUCUUCAAACGCUUUGCAUCAAUUUCUGCACAAAGCUCAGACCUAUGGCGUGGAAAUUGAAUAAACUUCCUAACUUACGUGAUCUUCAGAUCAAGGGAGGAAAUGAUGACGUUGAAUCUUUCCCACCAGAUGAAAACCUUAACCUCCUGCCUUGGGGUCUUAACUCUCUACGGAUAAGCGAAUUCAAGAAUCUCCGAACUUUGAAUAACAAAGCACUUAAAGUGUUAAGGAUUCUAAGGAUGCUAGAAAUCAGCGGAUGUGAUAAGUUAGCAUCACUACCAGAUGAAGGCUUUCCUUCCUCCCUGUCUCUCCUGCGCAUAAAUGGUUGUCCUAUAUUGAAAGAAAAGAUAUACAGAAAAAAAAUUGAAUGGUUCAAGAUCAAGCAUAUCCAGCGGGUGGUGAUUGAUGGUGAAGAACUCAUGCGUUGAAGGAAGAAAACUUAAUGUCGGAGAAAACAUAGCUCAAACUGAAGGAAGUUGGAAAAUAUGCUUCAAGCCGAUCUAUAUUGCAAGAGACACUGCAGGCAAUGACAGAGUGAAUAUUUGACACAUUCAUAUUUUUCCCACUCUGCUUUAAGGAAGUCUUUGCAGUUAAUUUCCAUUGCAUCGUACCACAUUUUUUUCGUGAUACCUGUGAUUUGAUAUACACAACAUUGUAAUUUCAUUAUGG